CCAGGGGAGACAGUGUGCGUGAAGACCUACUAGAGUCAAGUCAUCCUAAACGUGCCCGCUGUCUUUUUCACUCUCCAUCCGUAUUUUCUGAACAUUCGUGUUGUUACUUGCCUGACGGACAUAAUACCACUGGAAAGCUUCGUCGACAGUCAGCCAAUUGCAUCGCGUCUUCCAGGAACAAUAUCUAUCCCAGUGUCAUUGCAAGUGUUUUCUGUAGAUGGGAGUCCAUCGGUCGCCGCAAUUUUGCCCACUCACAAUUCUCCUUCGGUCUUGCAGGUGUCCUUUCGAAUGAUGCUGACGUCAGGAGGGAAAACAAACCAGUUAAGCCAAACGUGACAUGAAAGGUCAGCUUUAUUUUGACCAAAAAUAAAGUAUGAAAACCCUGUUGGCAUUUCAGUCCCGUCAAAAGUGCGAGUACUUUCAUCAGCGCACAAUUAACGACUUUAUUUAAUGUCCAACUGAAAAAUAUUUGACACUUUGAUGAUUGCAAAUAAAAGCAAAAAAAGCUGGUGGGAUAAAAAUUUGCACGUUGGAAACGACAAGUGUGUGACAGUAAACUUUCGUAAGUGGGAGGAGCCCUUUUAUGACUUAACAGCUCCAUCCUCCACCUCCUCUUCCGUCAGCUUUAACGUGUUUGAGAUUUCUUCCACGACUCCUGGACAUUCCGCCCGGUUGCGGAACCACGUUAAGCGAACUUAGGCCAUCAAUAACGGCAAGACGGCUUCCAACACCCUACAAUUUCAGCCCAGCAGACGUCACUGGCUCUCCAGAGUGCUGCCUGUUCACUCAAUUAGACCCAGGAAUUCCUUAUCAGGGUCCCGCUUACAAGCAUUCAAGCACGUGAAGAAUUCGCGGCUGAUAUUCGGCGCGGCCGCCAAUCGGAAUAGGGCCUCUGUAGCGACGCCGCAGGGUCCGCCAGCCAAUCAGAGCGGGGCUUCCGGAUCCGCAGGGGAGAUGUGGCUUGUUCAAACCCCGCAAGAAGUAUGUGUGCAGGUCUUUGAGCAGUAGUGGCUAAGUGAGCAAUAGAACCGAGAUCAAAAAGUUCUCGUAGUGUUUAUAUAGUUAGAUAUCGCAUCGAGUCGAGCCAUUUGCGUCACGUGUUGAAGUGACUAAGUCUAGUAGAGUAUUGCUCGGAUUUGUGUAACGGGAGCUUGCCAGGCUAAAGAGUAAAUUGUUCAAGUGUGCAGUAGUUCUAAGCUCUUGUUCAAGACAACACCGCCACCAUUUGGAAGAGAUUGAAGCACCGAUGUUGGGAGGAGGCGAGGAUGAUUCCUCUCGUCGGGGACCUUUGGAAUUUUUCACCAACAUGUUCAAACGACGCCGGGACCAUGACCCGCACGACGACCCCCGCCCCCCCGACAUGACACUUCACGGUCUACUAAUUCUCCAGGCGUGUUGGAUUCCAGAGCCGGAGCAGCUGGCCGCCGAGACUUGGCCGCAGGACCAAAUGGUUUUGGCCCGGAGUGACAUGGAUGUGACGUCAUCGUCGGAGCCUGUGAUUGGCGGGUCCGACACGAUGGCGUCACUCGAAUCGAUGACGUCAUCCUGCGAAAACCUGAUUGGAGGGUCAGCCAUCAUGCAUCACACGCCCGUGAAGUCACGUGAUAUUGGUGUUGACAUGGAAGCCAUCAGACUUUCCCGCCAAGAUAACCCCUACUUACAGAGAGUGGCAGGAUCACAGACUACCCUGAAUGAAGACGACGAUGCUGGUGAUUGCAUGGGCAACAACCAGCCUGAGGAUCUUGCGCAACUCGUAACGCAGAGUGGAGUGCAGCAGGAACCAGCACUUUCCCUGUCCGAAGUCCACGAGCACCUGAUCCGCUCCCCGCCGCCCACUUCGCUUCCAAAAACCAUCACCAAGAACAUGUUUGUCUUCCCUCUCUCCAAAACAACCGAUGACGGCGCUAUGGGGUCUCAGAAACCGCCACCCAACAAGUUUAUUCAGAGGUAUCACUCAGUAAAUUUCCACUCCCUUCCCGUAGAGCAGCAGGUAUCCAGUUCAGUCCCAUGCCGCACCCACUCCUUGAAUCCACUGGUUACCCGAGGCCAUGAAGAUGUCCUUGAUCAACACCUACGGCAGAUUCUGAACACACAACGUCAACUCGUUGUCAGUAAAGGAAGGGCAGGUGACUCGGGUGGAAUGACUUGCUCCAGUGUACCUGGUUCCCCUGCUCAUGGACGUAGUGUAGCUCGUCGCUCUCCCCACGCUCGCACUUUAUCGGAGGAAGCGGCUGUUGUACAGUCAGUUGGUGCUCAUAGCAUGGGUGGAGGUUCUACUGUAGUUGGUGGUGCAGAUUUGGUCAUAGAUAGAGGCCCUGCAAACAUGGGAGCAAGACCUACAUAUUUAGGGAGAGGACCCACUAGUGUUGUUGGUGGGGCCAUAAACAAGGGUGGGGUUUCCUCUAACACAGCCGCUGGUUUAGCUGACAUGGGAGGAGUUGGAGGUCCCUCCGCCCAGAGCUCAAGCAAUGCUCCGCAUAGCAGUGGACUUGCCCCUUUGCUACCUCCAGGAAGAAGACAGCACACUCCUACUGACCUUCUGCUCAAUCCUGGUAAUCCACCCACAAAUCUAGCCCAUCCUACUAUCUCAAAUCCUGCCCAUCUGCCAGUUAAUCCAGCCUAUCGGCCUACAACCAACAGUGGUACGGCUACUCCGCCAAUUCUCAAACCCAUCAACACCAAAACUAAAAAAAGUCCAGGUAUGAAGUCGGAAGGAGGAUCGGCUACAACAUCAUCAUCUCUUAGUCUGCCCAUUCGAUAUCCACACCAGCCAGCCUCUUCGUCCACUCUCAUUGAUACUACGUGAUCCUGUACAUGCAGCUGUUCCUGGUGCGUAUGCCAUAUAUACACAACUGAACUCUCUUUUCAAUGCUUAGUCUUCUUAUUAAUUAUCUUAGUAUCUGUACAAUAGUUAAUGUACCAUAUCAUUGCUAAACUUCCAUAUCACAACUGCAGCCUUAUUGUCAGACCAUUCUUUCAGGAAAAAAUCUCCCCUGCAAUACAUUGUCAGAUACAAAUUUUGUAUGGUACAUUUUUCCACAUAUUUAUUACGUACUUGGUAAUUUUAAGAAAAGGUUGAUGCAAUAGUUUAUAGUUGUGUUUUUAUUGUAACAGUUUGUGUCAUGAAAUUUUUCUUUCUGUAAAUUAACUUGAGUGCUCAUUGGUUAUGUUGAGCUGUAUUUUUUUCUUAUGUGCACAUCUACCUAAAUAUAAUCUCAAUUUUGUGAAAGUCUGUGUCAUUGGACUGUAUCAGUAACAACCAAGUGAUAGAGCAAUCAAAUUUCAUGGUAUUCUUUAAAGUAUUUGGUCCAAUUUUAGUAUAAAUUAUUUUUUGGUGUAAGCCCUUCCUCAGACUAGGGUGUAAUUUUAAAGCUUAAAUACUACUCAAGUUAAAGCAAAUUUGGAAAACAUUUACUAAGAAAAAUUAUCGUAGAGAGCCCAGCAUUUUUUUUAUUGAGAAAUUAAUUUUAAUAAAUUCUCAAUAACCAGGCAGAUCCAAAAGUUUAAUGAUAAAGUAAAAUUAUUUAUCUACAUUUUUUAUAAACAUGUACUCCCUCCAAUCAUAAAAGUUGUUUAUAGAUUUCAAGUAUUGUUCAGUAACAUCCCAAAUUUUGGCAAGGUUGACAAUAUUUUUGUGACAUGUACUGUACCCUGCAGUAAAACCUAAAUUCAUAUCCAGUUAAACUUUGGACUAAACUCUCUUGUAGCCUUUUUUGCAUAAAUAGGCUUUGUAUUAUACUAACAGAACUAUUAUCAGUGCAUAGUAAAUGAUGAUAAAAUAUGAACCCUGUUGGAAUUGCAUGGAUAUAAUUCUUUGUUACUAUGUUGAUAGAUGGAAAGUGCCAUGUAAAUUCAUUAAUUCAAAAUGUAUUAAGUUUUGUAUGUCUCAAAGCCCCUCCCCCCAAAAUUAUUCCAGUUGUAUGUGAAAGGUAGAGUUACUAAAGCCUUUUUGAUGUGGAAUGAAUUUUGAACGCAUGCAUAUUUGUUAAUCCUUAUUGUUUAUGCAUACAUAUGCAGCAUUUAUAUUGAAUUUUUACAAUGUGUGCCUGCCAUAUGUUGGAUUGGAUGAAGAAAAAAUUUUAAUUAGAGGAAAAUACUUCAACCAAAAUAUUUCUAACAAAUUUGAAAUGCCCAUACACAAAAACACCAGAACAUUGGCCCCUUACAGCAUGUGUUAUACGUGUGUGCAUGGUAUACAGUAGUCUGUUUACCGAGUAUACUUGUGUAUGUGUUUUACAAAUACUCAUUAGCCAAUACUUAUUACACUGAUGAAUUAAUGCGAUUGUCCCCAAGAAAGAUGUGGGAAAUAUGUAUGUAUCAAGUUAUGAUUUUACUGCAGGUACAGGAUUAAAAAUAUUUGUGUAAAAUAUGCUAGUCAAAAUGAGUUAUUCUAUAAUUUUGUAGUUUUAAGUAUUUAUAUUUUUUUGUGAAAAAGUGUUAAAAGAACAUCAGUUUGCUAGAUUGGGAGGCAGUAGUUGAUGUUUCAAGUAAAGUUAUUUAACUUGAUAUAAAACGAGUAAAUAUUGAUUAUGCCUUGGAAUAUUAAUUUCUUAUUUUUGGUAUCCUUCGAUCACAUAAUUUAUUUAAAUUUUGUACUACUUCAGUAAGGUUACAUGUCUGCUGAUUACUAGGUUUGCAUGUAUAAAACCAUCCACUAAGACUGUUAUUCAGAUUUUAUUAAUUACUACAAAUUAAAGAAAUCUUUUUGAGCUGAAAUACAUACAUGUAUUUUUGAAGGGAAACAAGGUUAGGAAUUGAAGUUCAUGUGCACAAAUGGGUAUUUCACUGAAAGGAAUCAGACUGCAGUGCUUAAUGUGUAAAUUUGAUUAUGGAGAUCUUUAAUACAUUUGGUAAAAUUUAAGCUAAUUCAAUCAAUAACCAUGUUUGGAUUAUAUACCUUGUUCAUGGAUACAGUAGCGAAGUGAUUUUUCAGAUUUGUCCAGUGAUCUGCCCUCACUGUAUAUUGAUCUUGAACUGGGCUUUGUGAUGUUUAACAGAUAAUCAGUGUUGUUAGUCAGGAACAGUCUAAGGAAGAUUAAAAUCUCACCACACCAUUUUUAGAGCAGCUCUAAAUUGUCUGAAGUUGCUCCUUCUCUGUAAAGUAUUUUUUGUCAGUAACCUUCAUUGCAAAACUAUAUAUUCUGAAGUACUGUUUAACUGCUGAAAGGGUAUUGUUUCUGGAUUUUGUAUCAUUUGUGAUGUUAAUAGCCAGUAAUUAAUAAAAAAUAUAAAACAA